AUGAAGUUCAUCGAUACUGCUUUUAUUUUCUCUGCUGUUAUCGUGUCUGUGUCUGCGGGCCCUCUGCGACUCUCGCGACGUGCAGUGGACCCCUCACUGGUCCCACAAUUUGGCGUCAAUCCUGGUGUUAACCCUACUGGAACGGGUGAUUGUGACGGUAUCCCAAAUGCCCAGGGCGUUCCCAUUAAGAUCCCUUGUUCUUGCCCUCCCGAUCGCAACUCAUUCAUUCAGUCCUUGAACGCCAACGUUGCUGCAGGCCAUGCUGUCAAUAACCCCGGCAUCCAGGUCUCGUUCCCAGCGGACAACUCUCAGGCAUCCCAGCUUGCCCGUCUGAAUGCUGCCACCGUGACGCUGCAAAAUCUUAGGGGUCCAGGCGUAGGUUGCCCAUCGGCUGCGACCACAUUCAAUGCUCAGGCGCAGGCCAUUCGUGACGGCACAGCUGCGCCCUCUGCGCCUGCACCCCCUGCUGCACCUGCACCCCCCACGGCACCAGCUCCUCCUGCCACAGGUGGCGUUGACCCCAAUUUAGUUCCACAAUUCGGCGUCAAUCCUGGUGUUAAUCCCACUGGAACAGGCGAUUGCGAUGGUAUCCCAAAUGCCCAGGGUGUUCCCAUUAAGAUCCCUUGUUCUUGCCCUCCCGAUCGUAAUUCCUUCAUCCAGUCCUUGAAUGCCAACGUUGCCGCUGGCCAUGCUGUCAAUAACCCUGGUAUCCAGGUCUCGUUCCCAUCUGACAACUCCAAGGCAUCCCAACUUGCCCGUCUCAAUGCCGCCACCGUCACCUUGCAGAACCUCAGGGGCCCAGGCGUAGGCUGCCCUUCUGCUGCAACGACAUUCAACGCCCAGGCCCAGGCCAUCCAGAACGGUACCCCUGCCCCUUCCGCCCCUGCUCCCCCCGCUGCACCUGCUCCCCCCGCGGCUCCAGCUCCUCCUGCCACAGGUGGCGUCGACCCCAAUCUGGUGCCCCAAUUCGGUCUUGCAUCAGGCUUGAACCCCACCGGAACAGGAGACUGUGAUGGGAUUCCCAACGCACAAGGUGUUCCGAUCAAGAUCCCCUGCGCAUGCCCUCCUGAUCGCGAUGCGUUCAUCCAGUCGUUGAACGCAAAUGUUGCAGCGGGCCAUGCAGUCCACAACCCGACAAUCGCAGUUUCCUUCCCAACUGGAACCUCAAAAGCAGACCAACUCGCACGCCUCGACGCAGCUACUGUGACAUUGCAGAAUCUGAACGGUCCCGGCCAAGGUUGCCCAGCUGCCUCCACGACUUUCAAUGCCCAGCGCGCGGCAAUCCAGAAUGGUCCUUAA